AUGGCUUCAGCAGCUACCGAAAGAACCCUAUUGCUAUCGUCCGCACCUAAGCCUCCACAUUCACCAAAACCUCAAAGAACCGUCACAUUCAAUCCUCAGACUACCGUUAGCAAUCCCAAUGGACCCUCCGAAAUCUCUACUCUCCACAGCGCAUCUCCUCCAACCACAUCAGCUCUACAACAGGUCGCUGCUCCCACCCAGCCAAAGCUCUCCACACUGAACAGCAAGCUGCGCAGACGAAACAGCCAUGGAUCGCCGCUUGCUACGCAGCCAUUACCUGUGCCCGCGUCCAAAAUCGGUCCCCAGCGCACAACAAAAACAGCGCAAAAGCUGAAGCUCCUACCAAAUCCCGAUCCAAGUGAAGAAGGUUCGGACGAAGAAAGUGGGAGGGAUGUGUAUUCGCAGUUUACUCGCAUCAAGGAUCCCACAGCAAGAAGAGAUGCAGCUGCACUUGGAAAGGCCGAUCGAGAAAGACUACCCAGAGUGACUGCUUACUGCACAGCAAACGAGUACCGUUUAGAAGGCUUGAUGAAAUACUUCAAAAGCAAAAAAGCUAGACACAAAGGAGCCAAUCCGAAGCAAUUUGACGAGUGCAUAUACACGCCAUACAACUAUGAUCGAAGAAGAAACAGCGGUGACCUGGAAGAGGAAGACGCUACAUUUGACGGACCCUCGACACCCCACCAAAGAGAGCGACGCUUCUCCGACAGCGCCAUUGAAGUCGAAGGAAACACUUCCCAACGUCGCGAAGACCUCAUCGACUUCACCACCUCACCCGGCGACGAACCCACCGACCUUGACUCAUCCAUCCAAACCCAGCAUGUCUCCUCCCACACCGCCCACUCUACCCCCGAUUUCGACACCACCGUCCAUACCCCAGAGGUCUUCCUCUUCCAAUACGGCACCGUCGUAAUCUGGGGCAUGACACCCGCCCAAGAAACGGCCCUCCUCUCCGAAAUCUCCAAAUUCGAGAGCGAAAAGCUCUCCGCGACCGACAUCCAAACUGAGAACUUCAAUUUCUACUACACGCGGGAGUACCAAGCGCGCAUCUACAACGAUUUCAUCUCCCUACGCGAGAAGAAGAAUUAUAUGGCCAAACUCGCCAUUUCGCAUGCAUUGGCGCAGAGCGUCAAGACCAGUCUCUUUGAGGAUUUGCUGAGCACCACGAUUGCGACGACGCAGCAUUUGCCGGAGCAGAUCGCGCUGACGGGCCGUAUUGCGCUGAGUCGCCGGGAGAUCCAUCAGCAGAUUGGGCAGCUGUUCAUAUUGAGAAUUAACAUACAUUUGCAGGGGAGUGUGCUGGAUUCUCCUGAGCUCAUGUGGGCGGAACCGAGUCUGGAGCCCGUGUAUGCGGCUGUGAGGAGCUAUCUCGAGAUGGAUCAGCGGGCGGGCCUGUUGACGGAACGACUGAGUGUUAUUGGGGACUUGCUUGCAGUGCUGAAGGAUCAGGUGGGCACGAAGCAUGGGGAGUAUCUGGAAUGGAUUGCCGCCGUCAAUAUUGUGGUUGAUCUAUACGCAGGGGUUGAGUAA